AUGGUCAAGAUUGGUAUUAACGGUUUCGGUAGAAUUGGUAGAUUGGUUUUCCGUGCUUCAUUGGAAAGAACUGAUGUCGAAGUUGUUGCCAUUAACGAUAUUAUGAUGACUCCAGAAUACAUGAUCUACAUGAUCAAGUAUGAUACUGUCCACGGUAAAUUCCAUGGUAAGCUCGAACAUACUGAAAAGUCUAUCAUUGUCAAUGGUCGUGAAAUCCACGUUUUGUGUGAAAGAGAUCCUGAACAAUUACCAUGGGGACAACACAAUGUUGAAUAUGUUGUUGAAUCCACUGGUAUUUUCACCAAAUUGGACUCUGCUGCCAAGCACUUGAAGGGUGGUGCUAAGAGAGUUGUUAUUUCUGCUCCUGCUGAUACUCCAACAUUUGUUAUGGGUGUCAAUAACCAUGAAUAUAAGCCAGAAAUGACUGUCAUUAACAAUGCUUCUUGUACUACUAACUGUUUGGCUCCAAUUGCUGCUGUUUUGCACGAAAACUUUGGUAUUGUUGAAGGUUUGAUGACCACUGUCCACGCUGUUACUGCUACUCAACCAACUGUUGAUGCUCCAUCUAGAAAGGAUUGGAGAGGUGGUCGUGCUGCUGGUUACAAUAUCAUUCCAUCUUCAACUGGUGCUGCUAAGGCUGUCGGUUUGGUUAUUCCAUCAUUGAAUGGUAAAUUGACUGGUAUGGCUUUCAGAGUUCCAACUGUUGAUGUUUCCGUUGUUGAUUUGACUUGUAGAUUGGAAAAGCCAGCUACUAAGAAGCAAAUUGAUGAAGCUAUGAAGGCUGCUUCUGAAUCUGAAAGAUUCAAGGGUAUUUUGAAGUUCACUGAUGAAGAAGUUGUUUCUAGCGAUUUCGUCCAUGAUUCUGCUUCAUCCACUUAUGAUAGCAAGGCUUCAAUUUGUUUGAAUGAACACUUUGUUAAGGUUGUUGCUUGGUACGAUAACGAAUGGGGUUACUCUAACAGAGUUUUGGAUUUGAUCAAGUCUACUGCUAAGAUCCAAUAA